AUGUCGCAUCUUCAGGGAAGUUUCAUUGAGAUUGGGACUGUCAAAAGUAAGAAUUCAAAUUCGAAAAAGAAAUUGGCGGAAGUUGGAGAUUAUGGGAAGAGGAUUCGAGCUUCUUUUUGGGAGACCUUGAAGUCAUAUGGCAGUGAACCACCAGAGAACUGGCCGCCUCCUCCACCUACAUCUGGAAAUGGGCUUUCAGUGCAUACACCACCUGGACCUCCUUUUGCCCCUGGCGUCAAUCUUAUUCGGGCAUCAGGUAAUGGAGGCAAUGGUGGCAGUGGAAAAUUGAACUCGUCAAAAAGGAAAAUGGAUGCGCCUUGUUGA